UAUAGAAGGGUCUUGGUGCUAUAACUGUUACCAUGCUGCAUAUUAGUGACAGACUCCUCCCCCUCUUUAAGCUAUUUAUCCUUGCAAUCUGCUUUCUCUGCAGCUGCGUCUACAAGUAAGUAACGUAAGGAUUUUUAAAAAAUAGAUUCAGACUUGUUCUAAAAUGAGGUCCUUUGAUGAGGUUUGUUUUCUUUGCAAUGUGAUCUGUAAAACUAGUGUGUAGGGUUUUUUUGGGGGAUACUGCUCUAACUGUUCAUACUGUGCCUUAAAUUCUGAGGUAAUAGUGGUGGAGCUCUAUGAAUCCCAGGACGGAAUUGAAACACUGUCAACAGCUCUCCAGAGGGGAUGUUACCUACUGGAGCAGAUCAGCGAAUCCACGUAGCUGAAAAAUCGCCUCAGUGUAAAGAGCAGGAGAUUCUUGGAAUAGAUUGCACCUGCCAAGUUCUCAAUAUGUCAAGGCAGCUGUUAGAUGAGAGGCAAGAGGACCCAGCAGAAUACCGCACAGGAGGCUACCAUCCAGUGAAAUUAGGGGACAUUUUUAAUGGAAGAUAUCAAGUGGUGAGAAAAUUGGGGUGGGGCUAUUACUCAACAGUGUGGCUUUGCUGGGAUCUGCUAAAAAAUAAAUUUGUGGCAGUAAAAGUGGCGAAGAGUGGAAGGGGGUUUUCAGAGGCAGCCCAGGAUGAGAUCAGGCUUCUGAAAUGUGUGAGAUGGAAAAACUCAAAGGACCCAGGCAAAGAGCGAAUUGUCCAGCUACUGGAUGAUUUUAUAAUAGUUGGUUCGAAUGGUUUAUAUGUGUGCUUGGUUAUUGAACUGCUUGGUGACCACCUUCAUCAUUGGAUUCUCAGGUCAAAGCGGCAGGGACUGCCCAUGACUUGUGUCAAAAAGAUUAUCCAACAGGUUCUUCAAGGUCUCAAUUAUCUACACACAAAAUGCAAAAUCCUGCACACAGAUAUCAAACCAGAGAAUAUCCUUGUGUGUGUCAACCAACAGUACCUCAAUCAAUUGUCAGCUUCUGUGCAACAGGGAGUGGGUGAAGCACUUCUGAGACCAUCAGAGAUACUCCAAGCAGAACAAUCAGUUCUGAACCCUAUGGAUCCUAAACAUGCUGAAGAAAUAAGAAUAAAGAUUGUGGACCUGGGAAGUGGUUGCUGGGCGUUUAAGCAUGUUUCAGAAGAGAUCCAGACCAGACAGUAUCGUGCACUCGAGGCCAUCCUUGGAGCUGGCUAUGGAUCUCCUGCUGACAUAUGGAGCACCGCUUGUAUGGCAUUCGAGCUGGUGACAGGUGAGUACCUGUUUGAUCCUCGAUCUGGAAAGACCUUCUCCCAAGAUGAGGACCAUGUUGCACAUAUUAUUGAGCUGCUUGGGAGAAUCCCCUUGAAAUGUGCACUAUCUGGAAAGUAUUCCAAAGAUUUUUUGAACCGAAAAGGUGAACUACGUCAUAUCAAGACAAUAAGACCCUGGGGAUUGUACGAUGUACUUGUAGAGAAAUAUGAGUUCUCAUUGGCAGACGCAGCUACAUUUUCCGACUUCCUUCAUCAAAUGCUCAGGUUUAUACCAGAGAAACGGGCAACUGCAGCAGAAUGCCUCCAACACCCAUGGCUGAGCAUUUAGGUCCCUGAAGACCAUUUCAGAUAUAUUUCCAUUACCCACUAUGGAGAUAUAACUUCCUAGUGGAUAAUGGAAGUUGCUGGAUAAUUGAGGAUGCCCAGCAUUUGAUCCAAUGUGCUUUGUACAUAAAUAUUCUUGGGACUUGGGAAUGAGGUCAAGUAAAUACAAUCUCAAGAUGAAAUGUAAAUAAUGAAAGAAACUUGUAGUAUGUGCACUGAGGCAAUGUCUCACCCAAGGCUUUGUCUUGUGAUCAUUCUGCUCAAUAAUUGCAUUACAGAUUAUAGAGGUUUCUCUAUAUAUUUAAUACCAUCCAGCUGCAAAUGGACAUGAGGCAGAAACCUGGUGCAGUGCUCAACAUCUGCUUGGUGAAGAGGAACCUGAAGAGCAACUUGGAUAUGGAAAGUCUAACUUUGUUUUUAUGAGACUGAUAUAAAGAUGACUUCUUUGGAAUUCUAUUUCACUUUGAAUUGGCUGAUUAUGAAUUCUGACCAACUGGAUAUGAUAAUUUUGGUUCUAGACACUGCAGGUUGCCACUGUGUUUGAGCUACUUUCUGAUAUGGUGUUUUUUCAAGUUGGUAUGCCAUGUAGUUAUGACUCAUGCUGUUUGUGCAAGCUCAAAGAACUAAUUUCUUACAACUGUAUAAAGAAUUCGUCAAAAUUUUUAAAAUUGAA